AAUGGAAGAGCGCCGUGUGGCAGAAUAUUUUGUGGUGGCAGGACUGCCAUCCAAGCUACUGCCACUCGCAGACUUCUCAUGUGAUGGUGCCACGCUCAAAUCCACACACAAUCUUCCACCCAUCACUGAUAUUUCUGUCAUCAACCGCUCUCUAGGAGAAAUUGUGCCAGAUGGAUACACGUGUAUAGAGUUAACACCAAGUGGUCUGCUGGCGAACCUCAAUCAUGGAGCUUUACGUGCCCCGGAGAUGUUCCUCUGUUACAGAAGAGGGCGUGACAAACAGCCUCUGGUGGACAUAGGUGUGUUGUAUGAGGGCCGGGAACGUGUAAUGGCAGACUCACAGGUUGUGGAGUUUACACAUGGGGGACGCAGUGCAAAUAUCAACCCUUCCGGCCAAACUACGUACAUGACUUACAGACGGGCAAGUGACAACGCAGCGUGCAAUGAACUGGUGGUGUCUGAUGUGUGUGUUGUCAUGACUAACCGGGGCGACCAAGCACCUCACUCGUACUGCACUAUUGACCGCAACCUCAAUAAAGGAACUAUGGUUGGGUCAGACAUCUAUGUGUGCUACAAGAAGUCUAUGAAUCGAUUAAACUACAUAGCUUACAUGGCUGGUGUGCUUGACUACUAUCCAUUUCACCAUCGUCCUGGCUUCCCCAUCCCCACUGACCUGGCACUCUUCUGCCUUCCCAUGGGUGCCACACUAGAGUCAUGGCCUGAACUGGCCAUCAAGCCUCAGCCCGUCUUCUCCACCUUCGUGCUGACCGUCACAGCUGGAGAAGGCAACACGGAGGCCGUGGAAAAAGUUUACGGGGCAGCUGUGACCUUUUAUGAGAGAUACCCCCAUAGCGCCCUGACUCAGGAGCAGAGGGAAACCCUUAAAUUGAAUGAGCACUUUGGCAGACACAAUGUAGUCCACACCAACAAGUGCAUAUGCAUCCUUUCCCGCUGGCCUUUCUUCGAUACUUUUGACAAAUUUUUAAGAUAUCUUCAUACUAUGGCCAACUCAGGACCCCACACUGUACCCAUUGAAAGAUACAUCUACCACUUCUUGGAGUGUGUUCCAUUUCCCAGUGCUCGGAGACCCAGAAUCCUCAUCCAGCUGGACGCCAAAGAACGUAUAUCUCUGGCACAGCCCGAAGAUUCUCCCAUAUGCUUAAGCGGAGCCAAGUUCCACCAGUUAGUGAUGAACCUGCGUCCAGAGGGCUGUCUGACAGUGCUGCUCUUUGCUCUCACCGAACAGAAAAUCCUCUUGCAUUCUCUCAGACCAGACGUUCUCACUGCAGUCUCUGAGGCCAUCAGUAUGAUAAUCUUCCCGUUCCACUGGCAGUGCCCAUACAUCCCACUGUGUCCGCUGGGCCUCUCAGACUUCCUCAAUGCCCCCAUACCUUUCCUCCUGGGUCUGGACUCCAGAUUCUUCGACCUUUAUGACCCUCCCCCAGACGUGAUUUGCAUAGAUCUUGACACGGGAGCCAUGUCUGUACCUGAUGACAAAAAGCACCUUGUGACCAAGAUCCUUCCCAAUCGUGCGGCUCGUAUCCUCCGAGCAUCACUAGAGAGCCUCUGCGAGAGAAUCAUCAAGUUUGAGAAAUUACGACAGCAACAUUUAAAGUCACAAAAAAUUGAGCCGGACAGCAGUAUCGAUUCGGAUUUCAAAAUGAAGAGAAAAGAGCAACAACUUGAUGUGGAGAUCCAGGAAGCAUUCCUGCGCUUCACUGCUACAAUCUUGAAGGGCUACAGUGCAUACUUACUGCCAAUCGUCUCUGCUAAAGCUGGCGCUGCAUGCGAUACUUCCUCAUUAUUUGAUCUUGAUGCUUUUGUAAAAUCCAGAGACAAGAAGUACCACAAAUUUUAUCAGCUGUUGGUGAAUACACAGAUGUUCAGCAAGUUUAUAGAAGAACGCUCGUUUGUGUCGGAUAAGGAUGCAUCCCUGGCAUUCUUCGAUGACUGUGCCGAGAAGGUUGUUGAUGAUGACACCAGCGUACGUUUGCUGGAGGUGGAAUUGGCCCAGAGUGAGCACACACUGUUUCUCCCACCACCAGAACCUCUCUACCUUCCUGAAGGCAUCACCUACACCUACUCUGGUUUCCCCAAGCUUAAACCCGAGUUAUUUCCCAUGGGUGAACCCAAGCCUGUGCUGCCCCCUCAGGUUAAAGCCCCACAGAUGACCCCGGCCUCUCCUCUGGCACGUCGCACCAAGCAAGAGGUCAAGACAGAUCAGAGACUGGCCUCCAGAUAUUCACAGACACCCAUCCUGUGGGCCAAGUGUUUGCUCUCCACCUGUUACAGCUUGUGGUUCACGCAGCUGCCGGCAUUUGCUCUGACACAGCACCACAAGGCUCGCUUCCUACAGCUGGCCUUCAAGAUCCUCACCAACAUGCAGAAACUUCACCUCUCACAAGCUGAUGAAGUAAGUUACCGUGUGAUGAUGCAGCUGUGCGGGCUCUACUCGCAGCCCAUCCUGGCUGUCAAGGUGCUGUGCGAGAUGCGGCAACAUGGCAUCACUCCCAAUGCCAUCACUUAUGGUUAUUACAACCGUGCUGUUAUGGAAAACAAGUGGACUCACUCAAAUCUAUUUUGGAAUAAACUCAGAUGCAGACAGCUCCCCAAGAAAAGUCGUGGAGAUCCAGGCUACUGUUCUGUGAGUGAGACGAGCGAGAGCGUCAGUUCCCCAGGAGCACCACCGACGGCUGUGCCGGUCACCAGGGGCACUGCCACAACUAGUGCUUCAUCUUUUCCCUUCUCAGUGCCAUCUUGUAAUGAUCCUAAUGCCCCUGCUCAUUCACAGUCCUCUUCCUCAUCUGUCGCUAAUAAAACACUAAGUAUUUCAUCUGUGUCUACCAUUUCACCAGCCUCAGUUCUGAAACCUACUUCUGUCCUUGAGUCUGUAACAGCUGUUUCAAGUUCUCUGCCUCCAGCUUCUGUCAAUGCCACACCUGCCCCAUCUCUUUCACACCCUGAAAGCAGAGGAGCGUCGUUCCUGCCUGUCGGCAUCACCACAUCGUCCAGUUAUAGGAAGAGAGUUGCAUCUCUCUCUGUAAGCACGGUCAUUACCUACUCUACAACCACUACCACCAUCACCACCACUACAUGCACCAGUACCUCAUCAAGUAUUCCUUCCACCACAAGUUCUGUAAACACAGCAGCAACUCCCUCCACCAUCUCUCUUACUUCGCCACUGUCCUCACUUGCCACCAUAGCUCCUUUGAGCGCUGUCAUCACUAAAGAGUCAUCGUCAUUGUCAUUAUCAUCCACACCUCUACCCAACCUGCCUCUCAUUGGUCCCACUUGCUCAUCGGUAAAUUUAGUUCCAUCCACGUCCUCUUUGCUCACUACAAUGGCCCCGUCCUCUUCACUGGCUUCCACUUCCUUUGUUUCCUCCUUGGCCACAAGUCGUGUGCUAGACUUCUCUGAAUCAGACGUACUGCGCGCAAGACUGGGCAGCAUAGUGAGAUCGUCAGCGGCUAGUCUUGCCAGCGGUGCCAACCUUCUUGUGAUUGAGUACAAUGUGGCGUUCAACAGUAGUGCAGGUUUGUUGAUGUCAAGUGCCCUGGACAACACUGUGUUUGAUGACACCUCUAGAAGCCGGCCCAGACCCACCGACCUAGCGGAUGCUCUCUCCCCUACAUUAGAUCAGUACGACAAGAUGAGCGAGGCAACAGCCGUGAGGGCAUCACCUGAGGUGCCCAUCACGGCAGCGCAAGACAAGAUGGUGCCGGAGUACCUCAGAUCUGAGAGCUACGGCAGCGAUGCUAAGAUCAUUACCAACCUUCUGCGUCUGACCAAGGUUGAGAUAGAGCCACUGGCUCAAGUUGGCCAGUUUAAAGCUGGCAGUGACACUGCGCAAAACAAAACAAAUGCAGCUUCCAUUACUUCGUCGGAGCGAGAUUCUUCCUCCCGUGAUGAUGGGGGGGGUUCUGACCCUCUGUCUCGCAGUAAUGAUAGUCUCAGUGACAUCUCUGAAGAGGAGGCUGGGCCUAAGACUGGUCUUGUGCAGGGAUUCUUUUCUCGAAAUACUCCAGAAAGGUUAUCUAGUCUGUUUAAGCGGAGCGUGGACACUGCCGACGAAAAACUGCGAGGAUUCUGGAAAAGAAGUGGCAGUGUGAGCCGGUCCAGCAGUAAAGACUCUGUCAAUUUAGAACAGGGUGUUGCAGAUUAUAUUGAUGGCAUAAGGGAAGGUUCUGUCAGUAAUAGUAGUGAGAGUAAGAGUAGUGCAGAUAGAAGCAGUGAGGAGAAAACACCGGAGCCCCCGGAAGCCAGUAAUUUAGACAGCACAAAUGUUAAGAGUAAUUGUUUAGCAGCUAAGGAACCACAAACACUGCUGAUCCCUCCAAGAUCUCCUAAUAUUAAUAUUGCCAAGUCUUCCAACUCUCUUCCCAUGCCAUCUAGUCCCAAGCGUACUCCUGUCACUGAAAAUGAUCCUCUUGGUGCAUUUAGGGUUUCUCAGACGAGUGAUGAUACACCACCGUCUCCCACUAGUGUGGCUGCCUCUCAGGUCUCUCAGUCUCUGUCCAGUACUCAUGACACCCCUCCAAAGCAGAGUGCCACGAGUGACGAAUUAGAGACGUCUUUAACCAACUCUGGAUGCAGUGUCCCUCCACGUAGGUUGUCGCGUCGAGUUUCACGCAGCGCCACAUUCACCGGCCGUAGUGGCCAGGAGACCAUGAAACAGCGUGGUGUACAACGAUCAUCUAACUCGCUCUGGACACUCUCUCCCUCACCUAGUCCAACUCACACCAACACAUCUCACCCAAACCGUGCACGUUCCUCAGAGCGUGCAGCAUUUGAUGACCCUGCCCACAUGGCUUUGAUGGCUUCUACGCCCACUUGGCCAUCCCUUAAGCUCUCCUUCAGUAACAGUAGCAGUCGUCUGGGCCUGGCUUCCAACAUGGCCUCGGUGGGUCUACGGCAAGCCUCUAAGCAAAUAGAGCAGCUGCGAACACAGUACAUCGACCCGGCCAUGGCCGAUCUGGGCUACUACAGCCCAGGAAACUUCAAUUACCGCAAGAACGAACUGAUAUCAGGUGGCCUCAGUAGCAUGAAGUCGGCGGUAACAUCACUAUCCAAGAAGUAUAAUGAAAUCCGUGAAGCAAUCACCGCAACGAACACUCCUGUUAGAGGGGGAAUGCACAGUGGGCGUAUGGGUGACGGCGAUGGCGAUGAGGACAGCCUCGAUGGUUUCUGGAGUAGACGAGAGUCAACAGAUGUGCAGGGCAUGGCGCCGGUGGAUGACCCAGGAGGCAUCCUGCUUGGAGGAGUGGGCGGUGCAGCAGGAGGCGAGGGUGAAGGCGUAUCAGUGCAGCACGACCUCUUCCCUCCCUUGGGUUGGGACCCUUCUGGUCCAUUCUGUCUAGGUCUUUGGCUCACCUCCUGUACACGCUGCCAUAAUUGUGCUGCGCUCCUCUACGAUGAAGAAAUCAUGGCCGGCUGGAGACCCGACGACUCUAAUCUCAACACCAAAUGUACAUUUUGUGAAAAGAUGACUGUGCCGCUGCUUACUAUCACAAUAUAUGAUCUUCGGCAAGAACCGAGACCAUGUAAAGAAGGAGAAGACUCUUCAGAGUCUGGCAAACCAACACCAGCUCCCACUGGAGGUACAGGUGACGCUUCUGAGCGAAGCUGUCAUCCAGGUGACUCCUCAAAGGAUGACUGGAAGCCAUACUGUCAGUUAAAAGAUCAAAUAGGAUCUCAACUGCAAAAAAAUGGUGUGCACUGUGAGCCAAUAACUGUGCCGUACCUGAGUCCUCUAGUACUACGCAAGGAGCUGGAGACGGUGCUGGGUCAUGAGGGUGACACUUGCCUUACUGAUGCAGCCUUCACUGACCACCACCCCAUCCUCUACUGGAACCUGCUGUGGUACUUCUGCCGACUGAGGGUUCCCAGUCACCUGCCAGGCCUGUGUCUCAGCUCCAGCACUGUCACCAGAGACCGUUUACCACACCCGUCAUGGGAAUCUGCAGACUGGCAGAAUGUCUACAUCAGGUGUUUGUGGGAUAACACCAAGUAUCAUGAAGAGUUGGGUCAACCAAUGUACAUCCAGUGGCAACAAAACAAAAAGCCGUCCCCCUUAGUGUCGGCCCUGGUGAAGGAGCGCAGCAAAGUACCCAGAGAUGUGAUACAGAGUGUGAUAACAGCCAUUCACAUUGAUGAUCUGACGACGGCCAUGAAGCUUGUUCUGCAGGAACUUCGCAAGAGACCUUCCCUGCUGAAGAAGAACCACUUUCCCAUAUAUCGAGACCUCCUCUUUCUCGCGUCGUCCUGUAUCCCGCCCGCCCAGCUUAAUCUCACAUCAUUUGACCGUGAGUACCGUCGUGCAUACGAGCGUAAUGAACAGUCAUAUGGAAAGUUGCUGAUGCGCUCUGACACUCCUCCUCCCAUUGCUGCCGUCUUCUGCCGCCGAUACUUUAGUCAGCUGAGCCUGUGAUACCUGACUCCCUGCCCUGCACCUGGGACCUGCAAUUUUCACUCAGGACCUGCCCAUGGUACUCCAGGUCCCAGAUAUGGGACACGGAUCCCUCUGGUAGCAUCCGGGACCCACUCUUAGCAUGUGUAACUUCAGAGCAUACAUAAAAAAGUUCUGUUGCAUCUAUUAAAUCUUCAGAUGACAACCGCUGUAAAAAUAAUUGCUUCAAGACAAAACACUGCAUAUAUUAUAGUUUGAGGUAUCAUGGGUUUGGGUUGCUGGGUUCGUUUCUGAAGUCAACAUCAGCGUCCAUUCCUUGCAAGUGGUGGUGACUUCACUAGUUUAUACCUGACAGGCUGUUUGUUCCCACUGACUGUGAGGAUAUAAGCAUGGCCUUAAAAGUGUUCUUAUGUUUUAGUCAAAGGAAUGGCUGCAGUAUUUGGUAGGAACUAUAGUUAUCUGCCUCAAGGUUGACCUAAAGGUUAUUCCAGGGUAAUACUGACAGGAAUGUACAGGAUUUUUCAAUUGGGUAUUGGAGAAUGGGACAAAUAUUCUAGAAAAGUGUAAAUAAAAGUAUUACUGGAUAUUUUGGAUUUGGGGGAGGGGAAAAGAUUUUUUUAAGGCUUAUGAAGUAGAGUUUGCUUGUUUCCUCUUGUUUGCAUAUGUAUAUAAAAAAAUCCUGAGGUGUAUUUGUGUGUCGCUUACAUGUGAUCAUAUACGAAGGCCAAACAGAGCCACUUUUAUAUCUGUCUGCAGAUCGUCCAUUAUAAUCAACAAAUGAACAGCAUACCCGUGACCUUUUUUUUUUUUUUAAUGUAACUUACAAUAACUUGUGCCUGAUGUGGUAAUGAAUUAAUACUGUUGAGUGAUGAGUGGUGGCAGUGCUUUCACAUUACAGCAGUUAGAUGUAUCAUGCAUGUUACACUCCCAGGCAGAACCAGCAAGAAAAGACAAAAAUAUUGCUUUCUGCAUAACUUCACAUGUACUUUUAUCUGUAAAUCCAAAAUUAUCAAACACUAUUCUUUCUUUUCUCGGACAGUUCUGCAUUUCAUUUUUAAUUCUUAAGAUUUUUUUUAUAUUGUAGUGCUCUGCAAUAUUGGCUGAUAAGGUGAAUUACAUAAGGAAUUACUCGAUACAUUUAUCAAAUUUUUUUACUGUACAUUAUAGUGUGCCUUAGUUAGCCAGCUGCAGCAGGCAUUGGGUUGCAGAUGUGUGUUUACAACUUUAUUGUUACUCUCUAUGUUCUGUAUAUGCCACAGAAAAUAUUGUAGUAAGCUGGACAACAGAAUCAGCAGUUGAAGAGUGAGACACUUGUGUAACAUUUGAGAAUCUUUAUUGAGGAAAGAUUGUCCAAUACAGAGA